GUCCGGGUGAGAUGCGCCCCACCCUUCGCGCGACGCGUUGCCUCGCUUGGCUUGCCCUGCCCGCCCUUCGGGCCUUGUGCUCUUCCCUUGCUUCGGGCCCCCUCUUCUUUGGCGGCCCUUUUUUCGCAGAGUUGCCCGCCUCCUAUUGGCGCUUGGGCGUGCCAGGUUGGCCCCUUUGGCGGCCCUCAUACCAGUGGGCCCGGAGGCCGCGGAGAAGACGAUCCAGCUCUUCUUCCCCCCGGUUGAAAAUGCGGAACUGGACGAGGAGGAUGGGCGGGCGGGUGGUGAAGGGAAGAAAACGGCCCACCGCGCGAGAAAUAUUUCGGACGUGGAAGCUGGCGCGCUCGGGUUGUUGGCCGGCCCCCCCGGCUCCGACCGGCCGCCCGCGCCUCUGUCUGUCUCUCUCGGCCUGUGUGCCAUCAGGCGCUUCGCGCUCGCGCGCCGCGCCGCGGGCGCGCUCUCUCACUAUGGCCGGCAUAA